AUGCAUGCAGAAUCUAAGCUUCGUAAGGGAAAUCAUGAACUGAAAAGAGAUAUAAUAACAUUACGCAAGAGAUUUGAAGCCUUAAGAAAAAAACAUUACCGAAAGUCCAAAAAAAUUGACGAAUUGAAUAAAGCAUUCAAAGAAAUUAAAGAAAAAUAUCAACAAAUCACUACAAAACUUAAAGAACAUGACUGUACGAAAAAUGAAAGAGUUGAAUUGAUGGGCAAUGACGAUGAAACACCUAUGAAGCAAGCAGAUAACUUCAAAAAAGAGAAUUGA